AUGGCCAGCACCAGGAGUAUUGAGCUGGAGCACUUUGAGGAACGGGACAAAAGGCCGCGACCAGGGUCGCGGAGAGGGGCGCCCAGCUCCUCGGGAGGCAGCAGCAGUUCGGGCCCCAAGGGGAACGGGCUCAUUCCCAGCCCGGCGCAUAGUGCCCACUGCAGCUUCUACCGCACGCGGACCCUGCAGGCUCUGAGCUCGGAGAAGAAGGCCAAGAAGGCACGCUUCUACCGGAAUGGGGACCGCUACUUCAAGGGCCUGGUGUUUGCCAUCUCCAGCGACCGCUUCCGGUCCUUCGAUGCCCUGCUCAUCGAGCUCACCCGCUCCCUGUCGGACAACGUGAACCUGCCCCAGGGCGUCCGCACCAUCUAUACCAUCGAUGGCAGUCGGAAGAUCUCCAGCCUGGACGAGCUGCUGGAAGGUGAGAGUUACGUGUGUGCAUCAAAUGAACCAUUUCGUAAAGUUGAUUACACCAAAAAUAUUAAUCCGAACUGGUCUGUGAACAUCAAGGGUGGGACAUCCCGAGCCUUGGCUGCUCCCCCCUUGGUGAAAAGUGAAGUGAAGGAAAGUAAAGAUUUCAUCAAACCGAAAUUGGUGACCGUGAUUCGAAGUGGAGUGAAGCCUAGAAAAGCCGUGAGGAUCCUUCUAAAUAAGAAGACCGCUCAUUCAUUUGAACAGGUCUUGACAGAUAUCACCGAAGCCAUUAAACUAGAUUCAGGAGUGGUCAAGAGGCUCUGCACGCUGGAUGGAAAGCAGGUUACUUGUCUGCAAGACUUUUUUGGUGAUGAUGAUGUUUUUAUUGCUUGUGGACCUGAAAAAUUCCGUUAUGCCCAAGAUGACUUUGUCCUGGAUCACAGUGAAUGCCGUGUCUUGAAGUCAUCUUAUUCUCGCUCCUCAGCUGUUAAGUAUUCUGGCUCUAAAAGCCCUGGGCCCUCCCGACGCAGCAAAUCACCAGCUUCAGUUAAGAGGGGUGGCCAUCACUCCAGUGCCUACUCUGCAGCCAGAUCCCCAGUUAAUGGAACUCCCAGCAGCCAGCUGUCUACUCCUAAAUCAACGAAAUCCUCCAGCUCUUCCCCAACUAGCCCAGGAAGUUUCAGAGGAUUAAAGCAGAUUUCUGCACACGGCAGAUCUUCUUCGAAUGUAAAUGGUGGACCUGAACUUGGUCGUUGCAUGAGUCCUGAAGGUGUAAAUGGAAACAGGUGCUCUGAAUCAUCAACUCUUCUUGAGAAAUACAAAAUUGGGAAGGUUAUUGGUGAUGGGAAUUUUGCAGUAGUCAAAGAGUGCAUGGACAGGUCCACUGGAAAGGAAUUUGCCCUGAAGAUUAUAGACAAAGCCAAAUGUUGUGGAAAGGAGCACCUGAUUGAGAAUGAAGUGUCAAUCCUGCGCAGGGUGAAACAUCCAAAUAUCAUCAUGCUGGUUGAAGAGAUGGAAACAGCUACUGAGCUCUUUCUGGUGAUGGAAUUGGUCAAAGGUGGGGAUCUCUUUGAUGCAAUUACCUCUUCAACCAAGUACACUGAGAGAGAUGGCAGUGCGAUGGUGUACAACCUGGCCAACGCCCUCAGGUAUCUUCAUGGCCUCAGCAUUGUGCACAGAGACAUCAAGCCAGAGAACCUCUUGGUGUGUGAAUAUCCUGAUGGAACCAAGUCCUUGAAGCUGGGAGACUUUGGUCUGGCCACUGUGGUGGAAGGCCCUUUAUACACAGUCUGUGGCACACCAACUUAUGUGGCUCCAGAAAUAAUUGCUGAAACCGGCUAUGGCCUGAAGGUGGAUAUUUGGGCGGCAGGCGUGAUCACAUACAUACUUCUCUGUGGAUUCCCUCCAUUCCGAAGUGAGAACAAUCUCCAGGAAGAUCUCUUUGACCAGAUCUUGGCUGGGAAGCUGGAGUUUCCAGCCCCCUACUGGGAUAACAUCACAGACUCAGCAAAGGAAUUAAUCAGUCAAAUGCUUCAGGUAAACGUUGAAGCUCGGUGUACCGCGGGAGAAAUCCUGAGCCACCCCUGGGUGUCAGAUGAUGCCUCCCAGGAGAAUAAUAUGCAAGCUGAAGUAACAGGUAAACUCAAACAGCACUUUAAUAAUGCGCUCCCCAAACAGAACAGCACCACCACCGGGGUCUCGGUUAUCAUGAACACGGCUCUAGAUAAGGAGGGGCAGAUUUUCUGCAGCAAGCACUGUCAGGGCAGCAGCCGACCGGGGAUGGAGCCGACCUCUCCAGUCCCUCCCUCAGCUGAGGAGCCCCCCGUGUCCGCACCGGCAGACCUGGCCCCCGCCCCUCCAGAGUCUCCCACACCCCCUUGUCCUCCUGCUGCCGAAAGCUGCGAGCGGGCAGGGACCUGGCGCCGCCACCGCGACUGA